AUGAAAACACUAGUGAGACUAACUACUGGCGUCACUCCGACUCACGAAAAUCUCACUGGCGACGGGUCGGAACUCGCGGUCGUUGACGAAACGAGUAAGAACGAGCGUGAAUGGGUAAUUCGGCCAUCGCUAGUAGGUUCCAUUAUCAUGAUGUCGAAGUCUUCGGACGACGUGAUUCCCCCUGCCCACGCCCAUCGCACUCUCGUGCUCUGCUUUGAUGGCACAUAUAACCAGUUCCACGAAGAUAACUCGAACGUCGUUCAGUUAUUCGAUAUGUUGAAAAAGGAUGACCCCUCUCAGCAAGUCGUGUACUACCAGGCCGGGAUGCCCCUGACUGUGAAGGGGAGGGACCUCGAUGCUCACAUUUUGGGUGGUUACGAGUUCUUGAUGCAAAAUUAUGAGGUUGGGAAUAGGAUAUGUCUGUUUGGAUUUUCCACAGGCGCCUACACCGCGCGCGCGCUGGCAGGCAUCCCCACUGUAGGCUUCACAAAGUGGGUCUCUUACCACGCUGCAACCACCAGGCAUCUUCUGUUUGCGUACAAAAUGUAUCGCAAAGAUGAUGAAGAAGGCUGGAAGCAGAGUACGGCACUCAAGAAGGGGUUUUCUAUCGACGUUGAUGUCGAAUUCGUGGGGGUUUGGCGCUUUAUGCCGAACUUCUACAACUGGUCCACAGACGCCGACAAUACACUUGGCGUCCAGAAAGGAGAAAUGCCUCGAAGCACCAAGAAGUUCUCCUCCAUUCAUAUUCCCUACGACAAGCUUCUGCAUGAGAAAAGCAGCUCGAAUGGACACCAUCAGGAAUCAAGUCUUCAGGAUCUGGAGCGUCGCUACACCGAAUCAAUCCUUGCAGACCGCUUUCGACGAAACGUCGGUGGUGGUUCCGUCAAGAAUGGUACUCGAAACAGUGUAGCACGUAUCCCUCUCCGCUGGAUGAUUCGAGAGAUUUUCAAAACCGAAGUGGGAAUUCUCUUCCACCGCUCGAUGUUCCAGCAGAUUGGCAUGGACCCUUCAACAUUGUACCCUCACGUGGUUUCCCGUCCACCGCCCAUUUAUAACAGCCCUGCAAACGCUGACCCUAACGCACCUUGUGAUGACCAUGCAGUAAUCCAGCGUGAUCCUGACGGCAAAUUUGUGAGCGAGGAAAUGGAGGAUCUCUAUGAUGCGCUCAGCCCCAUGUACGAUCAACUCAAGAUUACGCCGUAUUGGUGGAUACUCGAAAUGCUGCCGCAAAAGCAGCACUACCAGAGAGAUGAGGAUGACAUGUGGGCCAGGAUUAUCAAGGUGAACAUGGGUAGGGGACGCCAUAUCCCCAAUCAACGGCGGGGCCUAAAGAUACAUCGAUCGGUCAAGAUCCGGAUGCAAGCAGAGGCACUUCCGGAAGGGAAAUAUUUUCCGAGAGCGAAACUCAAGGUUGAACCAAUAUGGAUGGAUUAA